CCGUCCUUGGCCUACUUUCCCUCGAGGAGCUGGGACUUCGGCCGCGGGUUCCGCGUCCUCGGAGCCUGGGGAGCCCCCGGUCUGUGGGCGGCGGCGGCGGCGGCUUCCCGCGGGGCAGCGAUGCUGAGCUCCCGGGCCGAGGCGGCGAUGACCGCUGCCGACAGGGCCCUCCAGCGCUUCCUGCGGACCGGGGCGGCCGUCAGAUACAAAGUCAUGAAGAACUGGGGUGUUAUAGGUGGCAUUGCCGCUGCUGUGGCAGCAGGAAUAUAUGUUAUUUGGGGUCCCAUUACAGAAAGAAAGAAGCGUAGAAAAGGGCUCGUGCCUGGCCUCGUCAACCUGGGGAACACCUGCUUCAUGAACUCCUUGCUGCAGGGCUUGUCUGCCUGCCCCGCCUUCAUCACGUGGCUGGAAGAGUUCACCGCGCAGUACGCCAGGGACGAGGCGGAGCCCCCCGCGCGCCAGUCUUUGUCCUUAACACUGCUGCGGCUCCUGAAAGCUUUAUCCUGCCAAGAAGUUACUGAGGAUGAGGUCUUGGAUGCAAGCUGCUUGUUGGAUGUCUUAAGAAUGUACAGGUGGCAGAUCUCUUCAUUUGAAGAACAGGAUGCUCACGAAUUAUUCCAUGUCAUUACCUCGUCGUUGGAGGAUGAGCGGGACCGCCAGCCCCGGGUCACACAUUUGUUUGAUGUGCAUUCCCUGGAGCAACAGUCAGAAACCACUCCCAAACUCAUCGCCUGCCGCACAAGAGGGUCACCUUAUCCUAUGUCCAAUCACUGGAAGUCUCAGCACCCUUUUCAUGGAAGACUUACUAGUAAUAUGGUCUGCAAACACUGUGAACACCAGAGUCCUGUUCGAUUUGAUACCUUUGAUAGCCUUUCACUGAGUAUCCCAGCUGCCACGUGGGGUCAUCCAUUGACCCUGGACCACUGCCUUCACCACUUCAUCUCAUCAGAAUCAGUGCGGGAUGUUGUAUGUGACAACUGUACGAAGAUUGAAGCCAAAGGGACGUUGAAUGCGGAGAAGGUGGAACGCCAGAGGACCACUUUCGUUAAACAGUUAAAACUAGGGAAGCUCCCCCAGUGCUUGUGCAUCCACCUCCAGAGGCUGAGCUGGUCCAGCCACGGCACGCCCCUGAAGCGGCAUGAGCACGUGCAGUUUAACGAAUUCCUGAUGAUGGACGUCUACAAGUAUCACCUCCUUGGACACAAGCCUGGUCAGCACGGCCCUAAACUGAAGGAGAACCCGGGGCCUGCGUUGGAACUGCAGGACGGGCCGGCAGCCCCCAAAUCAGUUCUAAAUCAGCCUGGGGGCCCCAAAACACAAAUGUUUAUGAAUGGCGCCUGCUCCCCAUCUUUACUGCCUACACUGCCAACCCCGGUGCCCUUCCCCCUCCCAGUGGGUCCUGACUGCAGCUCCUCCACGUACCUCUUCCGGCUGAUGGCAGUUGUCGUCCACCAUGGAGACAUGCACUCUGGACACUUCGUGACUUACCGCCGAUCCCCACCUUCAGGCAAGAACCCUCUCUCCACCAGCAACCAGUGGCUGUGGAUUUCUGAUGACACGGUCCGCAAGGCUAGCCUGCAGGAGGUCCUGUCCUCCAGUGCGUACCUGCUGUUCUACGAGCGUGUUCUGUCCAGGAUGCAGCAGCAGAGUCAGGAGUACAAGUCUGAAGAAUGACCCGGCCCAGAGCUAGAGCUGAUAGCACUGUCCACACUGGCCAGGAAAAAGGCAAAGGCAGACUGUAUGUGUGUGUGCACGUGCCUGCGCAUGUGUGUAAGCAGCCCCACUAGAGUCCCGUAGCCUUCUGGUGUGUUCUAAGAGCAGGCUCCACAUGAGAGCCAGUGGCCCCAAUUCAAACCAAAUCAGGCUCCCCGAACAGCUCUGCUAGUACGUCUGCUGGACGGUGUCAUGUUGGGAAGGCGUUCAUUAUGUCUCGAGCGUCUUUUUACUCACCUGGUAUCGGUAAUUAAAAGAAAUCAGAUUCCAGAAGCCACCUUUUUUAUAUUCUAACAUGUUAGGUGUUCUCAAAGGGGAGUUAACUUUGUCUGAUCCUCUGAUGUUUCAGCAUAGAUCUUUUAUUUUUAAUAAGCAGACCCAUAAAAAUGGUUGAUAAGAAUUAGUGAAAUUAUUAAAGGCAACAAUUUAGAAGAAAA